AAGUGACUGCAUCACUCAGCCCUCUGCAGCUUGCACCAGCGGAUUGCAAUACUGGUGCUGAAACUUUCCUGCAUAAAUUUGGCCAGAAUAUGUCGUUGACCAACACAAAGACGGGCUUUUCAGUAAAAGACAUCUUGGACCUCCCCGACACCAAUGAUGAGGAAAGCUUGUUAGCAGACGCAACGGAGGAAGAUGUGGAACCUGCAGAAACAGCCAAAACUUCGGGGAUUGUGGAGCAAAGUGCCCUGCCUCUGAAGAACCCCUUUUACGACAACAGUGAUAAUCCAUACACGCGAUGGCUAGCGACCACAGAGAGCAUCCAGUAUUCAUUGCAUGGACUAUCAGCCAGCGCCACCCAACAGCAGAACUCCAGCAAAUCCUCGGAGCCUUCGGCGGACGAAUCGCAGGAUAAUGGCACGGAAACUUCCAGCAACGGUAGCGAAUCCGGUAAAAAGAGAAAGAGGAGGGUGCUUUUCUCCAAGGCUCAGACUUACGAACUGGAGAGGCGUUUCAGACAACAGAGGUACCUGUCAGCGCCCGAGAGAGAGCAUCUGGCCAGCCUCAUCAGACUGACUCCCACCCAGGUAAAAAUCUGGUUCCAAAACCAUAGGUACAAGAUGAAGAGGGCCAGAGCCGAGAAAGGUAUGGAUGUGAACCCACUCCCCUCUCCGAGGAGGGUUGCUGUGCCAGUGUUAGUAAGGGACGGAAAACCCUGCCAUGCCAGCAUGGUGACGAACACUCUCAAACCUCAGGACUUGGCUGCGGCCGCCUUCCAGACUGGUAUCGCCUUCCCCGCCUACACCGCACAGUCCCUACAGCACAUGCAGUACAACUCUCAAUUUAGUUCUCUAAGUCCCCAGUACCACACACACCCGCUGGUGCAAUCGCAGCAAUGGACUUGGUAAAUCCUCGUCAAAGGAAUGUUUUGAGGAAGGG